AAACAGAGAAAACAACAAAAUUUCCAUUCGUGGCCACUUCACCCUAAACGGGCCACCAACUAUUUGCUUAAUACACAUUUUAAACUGGUCAUCAGUAGAAUAAUCUGCAAUAAUUGAACGUUCUUCUAACUAAUAACAUGUCAGAAAUGCUUAUUAUUCAUUUCAAGUCCCCUAAACCCUACUAUUAUUAUUAGAGCAAUACUGGUAUAUCAUUGUUGCAGUUUUUUAGCAUAAAUAUUUAACAAAAGUGUAGUAUAAUGGUCAAAGAUGGCAAUAUCAUGAGUAAAACCGAGAAUAAUACAGAUUCUGUGAUCAAGCACAAACAGAUAAGUGAUGUGAAAACGAAACAAGAUGACCAACAGUCUGAUAUAUUAGUUAAUGGUAGUGUUUUAACAAAUAAUGAUGAUGAAAAUGAAUUUAAAGCAAAUACAUUUAAAGAAGAGAUACACAAAAUAGGAAAUGUUGAUAAAACACCGGUUCAAAUGAUGACCUUGGGAAGUAAUAACAAUGUAUUUAUGACUUCACAAAAGUUGCAAGAACAACCGUUAUAUACUUUAAAAAAGUUACCCAAAUAUUUGAAAGACACAUUGGAAGAAUCUCUUUCAAAGAUUUCUAUUGUAGAAGAUGAAGAUGAAAAAAUUAUUAAUUUCAUAGACUAUGAGACAGAAGAACAUUUGCCAGAUCUAACUGCUCUCAUAACGAAAGAUCUCUCUGAACCUUAUUCUAUAUACACAUACAGAUAUUUUUUACAUAAUUGGCCACAGCUCUCUUUUUUGGCUUAUUGCAAAAAAGAGUGUGUUGGCGCUAUUGUUUGUAAAUUAGAUCAGCAUAGGAAAAACAUUUGGAGAGGUUACAUAGCUAUGUUGGUUGUUAGAAAAGACUUCAGAAGAUAUAAAAUAGGUUCAAAAUUAGUUCAGAAGGCUAUUCGUCGUAUGAUAGAACAAGGCUGUGAUGAGGUUGUCCUGGAGACAGAAGUUACCAAUAGGGCGGCGUUAAAUUUAUAUGAAAAUUUGGGUUUUGUAAGAGACAAAAGAUUGCUUAGAUAUUAUUUAAAUGGUGUGGACGCUUGGAGGUUAAAACUGUGGCUUGUUUGAGAUUCUUUUAUCCGUUAUGCCAAGUUUGCUUAACACACCCGCUUUCAUCCUGUUUUCAUCCCGCUUUCAUCCUGUUUUCAUCCCGUUUUCAUGUCUCACAAACUGCAUUAUUUAAUUCUCACUGUUUAAUGUUAGUGUAUUUUAAAUGUUCUAAAUAAUUUCAAGUUUAUAUUUGCGCCAUGAAAUUUUUACAUAAUAUCUGCUUUUUUUUCUAGCUUCUUCCUUUUCGAGUAUUAGCUUACAUCAAUGAAAUAAUUUAGAUUUUAGAUGAUCAAAAAAUUUAUAGGGACAAAUUUUCCUAAAAAUAGUUUCUUUUACCAGGAGUAUUAUUGAUUAAUUAUUUUGACAUGUUUUAUAUAUAUACAUAUGUAUAUUUCUAUUUCUGGAGUAUAUAUAUUAUUGUUUUCAA